CACUUCAUUUGAGCUGCUAAUACUGUUGACUUGUAGAUUUUGCUUCACUCACAGCUCGCACCGAGUAUUUGCUUCUUACUAUCACAGCGACUCCUACUGUACCCUCGCGCACUACAUUCAUAAGAACUGUUGUCUGAAAAAUCACAGCAUUUCCACUGUAAACGUGGAAGAAAAUAUACAUGUGGUGUGAUCUCAAUCUGCUGGAUGUAUACGUUUGAUAUCGACCCUGAAAGACCUGCAGUACAGUUCAUGCUGGGAGACUCUGAUUUACUGAUGGCUGGAGGAAAAGGAAAGUUCAUGUCUUUGCAAUUGGCACCGUCUUAUAAACCCAAAAUAACAUUUAAAACCAGCUCCAGGUUGGAAAUGUGGAAGCUCUCCACUACCUGUCCACCAACUGCUCAAAAUGUGAGGCGAUACAGUCGACCUGUAACGGCACCACAGGGCAGGACUGAGGAAGCUUUGGAAAAAGUUGGUCACAUCAACAUGUGUGAAAAUGGAACGCAGUAUCUUCUGCAGGAGGAUGAUUUUUUUAUUCUUGUUGGUUAUACUCGCUGCUUCCCGAUAACCGUGCAGUCCAGAGACACGUCAUCUCUGCUUCUCUCCUGGACUGUAACCUCCCCUUUGCACACAGUGGCCCUGUAUGAUAUAACAGGGAAGUGGCUGAGGAAUGAAACCACUGAUGAGACGCUGUACAGGGUGGCUGGCCUGGAGCCCUGCCGAGAGUACAGAGUCUGCGUCCACUUAGGAAGCCUCCUCGCUGUUGUGUGUGUAUCGGCUUUAACAGACCCUAUGAAACCGAGCAACUUCAGCAUACUUCGCUCCAACUCCAUCAGCAUCACAGUUUCAUGGACAUACCCACAAUUGACACAUUUCUCCUGGUUCCGUCUCACCGUCUUCCUUUUCAACCACACUCUAGGUGCAUACGUGCAACGGGAUUCGCCUUAUGAACAUGCAGAGUUUGAUUCUGAGUUUGUUGUUGAAGGCAUUCCUCCGUGCAGUAAAGUGCGCCUCGCCCUGCAGACGGUCUGUGAGACCCAAGUGCACAUGACAAGCAGCCUGCCAGUUCUUGUCGACGGCAGCACAGGUCCUGGAACUGUGUACGAUGUCCAGUUCAUGUCCGAGGAAUUCAGGAUUGUGUGGAAUUCCCAUUCUGGGCCUGACGUUGCCUUUGGCUACCAGCUGUUAAAAAGGGGUGAUGUACUUCAGAGGGGGUCUGUAAACUCCACUUCCCUCGAUAUUGGCUACAUGGUGCCUGAUUCCGAUUCUCUCCUUGAACUUGAACUGUUUGAGACAUGCUUUAAGAUGAGAGGUCAUUCUGUCUUCUAUCAGUUUGACUAUAAAGCCGUCUCUCAAAACACGUGUAAACUAUGUGAGCUGUCUGAACUUGCCAUUGUAGUUCCGUGGAAGCUUCCAUCCCACCUGAUGGACACUUUUGCAAAGCCCAGACUUAAAUUUAAAGAAAUUUUCAAACACAAGCUGGAGGCUAUGUUUAAGGGAUACGAAGGGGCAGCGGGAGUUGUAGUUGAACUGCUAGAUUUCUCACAGCUUGAGAAUGCAACUCGAAUACACUUUGAAGUCUUUGUUGUAGAUGGCAAUGGAAGCAAAGUGCUGCUAAGUGAAGAGACACAGAGGAAGCAUAUUGAAUCUCUUAACCUCACUAACAUCACUGUCAAGGACAACCGCACUCUGCAAUGGGAUGAUACAGAUGAGUGUGCAUCCUCUCACCUGAAUAAGUGCCUCAAACACUCCCGUUGCAUCAACACCCUGGACUCGUACACCUGUGUGUGCUCUCCAGGGUACUUUGACUUCAGUGAGGUUGCCAGUACUGAGGGAGCACUCUGUGACGAGGCUGGAAUGUAUGUUCUCUGUGAACCUGGCUUGAUGAAAGUUGGAAUUUCGAAAGAGUUUCUGAAGAGCCGGCUUGCUGAGGACCUCAGUCUGGUUCUGAAUGAUGGUAGCUGCCUGGCUGAAGAGGGAGCGGAUCUCUAUUACUACUCCAUCAGAGACCAGCACACCUACUGUGGAGCUCUGAUUCAGGUGAAUGACACCCAUGCAGUGUUUAAGCAUACAGUCUACACUACCCAUCAGUCCAGGCAGGUUGUCACUCGCACUGACCUGACGCUGGCAUGGGAAUGUGUGUAUCCUCGUGAAUACCUGCUGCAGACCCAGCCAGGAUUGGAUCCAUCCAGUGUGCCUGUGUCGGUAGUGCUGAUCCAGUACAAUUCCACUGGGAUUCUUCAGCUCCGCAUGACUCUCCAUAGGGAUGACAGGUUCAGCGAUGACCAGCUCCUACAGGAAGUGCUGUACUGGCCAAGCAGUGACCUCUUUUUUGAAGUGACGCUCGGUGCUCCACAGGGAACCUUCGCUGAUGGCUUUGUUUUGGAGGUGGUUUCCUGUUGGGCCACACAGACCCCAAACUCAGCAGAAGAACCAAAGACCUUCUUUCUGAAAGGAAGCUGCCCGGUUGAUCACACGUUCAAGUGGUAUUCUGUGCAGGAAGCUGAGCAGCGGAGUCGUUUUUCCGUGCAAAUGUUUUCCAUCGCCCCCUACAAUCCUAUCCACGUUCACUGCUGGAUCAAGAUCUGUACUGUGACAGAAAAGCACAACUGCUCAAGGAAAUGUCUAGCUAUGCCUUCUGUGAGGAGAAGGCAUUUAAAUCCCAACCUAAAACCAGGUGAAGCAGUCCUUUCAUUGGGGCCAAUCGCUGUUUGGGAUCAUCCAGAUAACAUGAAGGAGGACCCUGGGCUAUCAUUUUGGGGAAAAGUUCAAAAUGCGAUGUUGGUGGAACAGCAGGAUUCCUGCUUUUAGCUUUGUUUGGUGUGAUUGUACUGAAGGUCAUUGUGAGAGACAGCAAGUUGCAUCAAGAAAGGACUGCGGCACUACAGAAUCACCAUGAGUAGCCAGUGUUUCUAUAAAAAAAAAAGUUUCAAAAGCUAACUCUGUUUUACUUUCUGGACCAAUAACAAAAAUAACUCCUCUUUGGUCAAGAAGUCCAGAGCUGUGUACGUGCAUGGGAACUCCAUCGUGGUGUUCAGUGCGGACCAAGGCUUUAAAAUGGGUAUUAAUCUAAGCCCCUUUAUCUUUAAGUUCACUUGUAUGUGUUUUUUUUGUUUAAUUGUGAAAUAUUAAAUAAAUACACCCUAUAUUUUGGAAGUUUGCCUGGUUUCUAACAUCCACUGGGAUUGAGUUCAAAAGAAUUUGAUAUUGCUGAUUUAACAUUAAUUCUGGAGAUUUUUUUACAUGUAAGAAUUUUGCAUGUGCUCAGAAUAAACAUGAUCUAAAUCCUUAACACAACACCCCCAUCAUUGCACAAAUAAGCAUCAUG